AUGGCGGCGGCGAGCGCCGAGGGGCGGUGCGGGGCACUGGAGACGGCUGCGGCGCCGGAGCGGGUCGGCGGGAGCUGCGUCCUGUGCUGCGGGGACCUGGAGGCCACAGCGCUAGGCCGCUGUGACCACCCGGUGUGCUACCGUUGCUCCACCAAGAUGCGGGUGCUGUGCGAGCAGCGCUACUGCGCCGUGUGCCGCGAGGAGUUGCGCCAGGUGGUCUUCGGGAAGAAGCUUCCGGCCUUCGCCACGAUCCCCAUCCACCAGCUGCAGCACGAGAAGAGAUACGACAUCUACUUUGCUGAUGGAAAGGUGUUUGCCUUAUACAGGCAACUGCUGCAGCACGAGUGUCCGCGGUGCCCUGCGCUGCCGCCCUUCGCGGCCUUUGGAGACCUGGAGCAGCACAUGCGCAGGCAGCACGAACUCUUCUGCUGCAAGCUGUGCCUCAGGCACCUCAAGAUCUUCACCUACGAGCGCAAGUGGUACUCGCGCAAGGACCUGGCGCGUCACCGCAUGCAGGGAGACCCGGACGACACGUCGCACCGUGGACACCCGUUGUGCAAGUUCUGUGACGAGCGCUACCUGGACAAUGACGAGCUGCUCAAGCACCUGCGCCGCGACCACUACUUCUGCCACUUCUGUGACGCAGAUGGCGCUCACGACUACUACAGCGACUACACCUACCUGCGCGAGCACUUCCGGGAGAAGCACUUUCUGUGUGAGGAGGGCCGCUGCAGCACGGAGCAGUUCACCCACGCCUUCCGCACAGAGAUCGACCUCAAGGCCCACCGCACCGCGUGCCACAGCCGCAGCCGCGCUGAGGCCCGCCAGAACCGCCAGAUUGACCUACAGUUCAGCUACACUCCCCGGCACCCACGCCGGGGUGAGGGGGUUGUUGGGGGCGAGGACUACGAGGAGGUGGACAGGUACAACCGCCAGGGCCGAGCGAGCCGGGCCGGAGUGCGUGGAGCCCAGCAGAGCCGUCGCGGUAGCUGGAGGUACAAGAGGGAGGAGGAGGACCGGGACAUGGCGGCGGCGAUCCGGGCCUCAGUGGCCACACAGCAGCAGGAAGUGCAGCGCAGGAGCGAGGACCGUGAGGAGGGUGGUGGCCGGGCCACGGAGGAGGUGGUGGUGCAGGGGUCCGAGGAGCCCCAGGGCGCCCGGCGCCCACCCCGGACCCAGGGCGAGGGUCCAGGCCCCAAGGAAAACUCAGCGAACGGUCCCAUGAGCCAAGAGGCCUUUCCGUCUUCAGGUCCAGCUGUGGGGCUGCUGCCUCCAAGGUGUGUGGCAUGUGCUCCCCCCCUGCCGGUGCCGAAGCUCGAGCUCAAGGACGAGGACUUCCCCAGCCUGUCCUCCUGCCCCACGCUGGCCGCCCCUGGCCCUGCGGGACUGGCGCUGGCAUAUCCCGUUCCUGCCGGGGGCAGGCGUGCCUUCCGGGAGGAGGACUUCCCCGCCCUGGUGUCUGCGGCAGCCCGGCCUAGCGCUGCCCCCACCAACAUCAUCUCCGCCUGGAACAGCAGCAAGAAGGUGGCACGGCCCUCUGUGGGGACCCAGGCUGCUGGUGGGGGCCAGUCCACCAGGAAGGCGGGGAAGGGCAGUGGUAAGGGCAGCCGCAAGGGUGGCCAGCCCCCCCCAGAGGAGGAGGAGGUGGCCUCACAGGAGCUGCGCAGCUCGCCCGAGGCCCCCGUGCCUUCCAAGGGCGGCCGGAAGAAGAAGGUGGGCGCCGAGAAGCCUGAGACCUCAUCACCCCCACCCCCUGACCGCACCCCAAAGCCCCCCGACAAAGAUAGCCCACCUGGGGCUGAGCAGGUGCCUACGGCUCCAGCCGGGGUCGUCACCAAUGGACACGUGGAGGGGCCAGCCCUGGCUCAUGGGGCCCCUAAGGAGCCCCCCGGGCUUCCGCGCCCCCUGCCCUGCCCCACACCCCAGGAAGACUUUCCAGCACUCGGCGGCCCCUGCCCGCCCAGGAUGCCACCUCCCCCAGGGUUCAACACUGUGGUGCUGCUCAAGGCUGUGCCGCCCCCGCCCACACCCCCACCGGGGCUGGUGCCACCCGUGAGCAAGCCACCCCCUGGCUUCUCUGGCCUCGUCCCCAGCCCCCAGCCGGCCUGCGUGCCCAGCACCACCACGAAAGCGCCCAGGCUGACCCCUCCCCCAGCCCGGGCCUACCUGGUCCCCGAGAACUUCCGGGAGCGGAACCUGACGCUGAUCCAGUCCAUCAAGGACUUCCUUCAGAGUGACGAGGCCCGCUUCAGCGAGUUCAGGACCCACUCGGGGGAGUUCCGGCAGGGCCUCAUCUCCGCAGCCCGGUACUACAAGAGCUGCCGGGACCUGCUUGGGGAGAGCUUCCUGCGGAUCUUCAGCGAGCUGCUGGCGCUCCUGCCCGACACGGCCAAGCAGCAGGAGCUGCUGGCGGCGCACGCGGGCUUCUGCAGCCAAGAGAGGCCUCCGGGCGCCAGGUCCAAGAAGAACAGGAGGAGCGUGUGGCAGGGCAGCCCCCUGACGGCGGGCUUGGACUGCUGUGUGUGCCCCACCUGUCAGCAGGUGCUGGCGCACGGGGACGUCAGCAGCCACCAGGCACUGCACGCCGCCCGGGACGAUGACUUCCCCUCCCUGCAGGCCAUCGCCAGGGUCAUCACGUAG